UACGCCAAAAUCUGUCAAAAAAAUUCUCAACUCAGUUGCGUUGGAUUAUUGGUAGACAAAUAAAAUAGUUUAGCGCGUAAUAUUGGCGACAAAAUUUAAUCAACAAUAUACAACAAAUUAUUUACCAAAAUGGCUAAAUGUUGUGUAAGAGGAUGUUCGAACAAACUCGAAGUGGGGAGCAAAAUUCGCAUGUUCAGAUUUCCCGCCCUUCUAGACAAACCAAAAAGUCUAGUGGAACUUUCACGGCAACGAAGAAACGCUUGGCUAAUUGCCUUAAACAGAACCAAUUUACCCGAAGAAGUUCUUAAAUCCAUCGGAAUUUGUUCGGAACACUUCGUCACAGGCUCUCCGGCUAGAUUGAAAGACAACACCGAAGUUGAUUGGAUUCCGACAGUAAAAAUGGGUAACCAACAACGCAAUCGUAAUGAAAAAAAGAUCAUAUCGCCAUCUCAAACAACUAAAUUGAAACGUAUAAGCAGCAUUGAAAAGCUAAGCGAAUUGGAGAAGCUCAAAAAUGAAUUGAAGUGUAAAGAUGCAAUAAUCAAAAAUUACAAAGAUGAGAGCCUCCAAUUGAAAGAUCAACAGAAAAAGAUUGUCAACAACUACGAAGAAAGAUUGAAAGAAAAAGAUGUAAAAAUAAAAAUGGGUGUUCGAGGCCUACAAAGUAAAGAGGGAAUUGAGAGCUAUAAUAAGGAACGAGGUGUUUCUAUGCGAUCCGGGCGAAUUCUUCAUAAAAGCACGUCUAAGCAUAAGCUUAUUAAACGCUGCGUUGUGCGUAUACGGAAAAUUUUUAAAGUCAAAGAAGAACCUGAGGACGAAGAGUUCACCCCACAAAGCUUGGCCCCAAAAAAAAGUAGCUCAAAGGAAAUCUUAUUAAGGAACCGUACAUCCAAGGAACAUUCAAAUCAAGAGCAUGUGUCAAGGAAUCCAACGCCACUAAGUCUGAAAUCCAAGGGGUCCACAAAUACACGGCUAUCGAAUUCGCCCAACCCGAGUAUAAACAAAAGUGAAGAUCCGGUUGCAUCAAAAACAGCUUCAAAAAAAAUUGACGAAUAUUUUACGCCAAGGACAAUUACAAAAAAGUUGGAUGAGCCGCAUCCGAUUAAGCCAAUUUCAAGAAAGCUGGUGGAACCGCUUCUGUUAAAAUCAACUUCAAAAAAGGGCGAGGAAAGAGUUUCGCCAAAGCUUGGUCAAAAAAAGUUAGAAGAAUCGUCGUCGUCAUUGCCUACGAAAGCUAAUUCGAAAAAAGCCGAAGAAUUGCGUACACCAAAGGCAAGCGCAAAAAAAGUUGAAGAACCAGUGACGGCCAUGGCUUCAACAAGAACCCGUCGGGCACCAAAGCCAAACCCGAAGUAUGCCAAUGAUGACAUUAUUACACCGAAAUCGAUAAGCAGGCGUGAAAAAGAAGUUGUGGUUUUAAAUGAAGCUGGUCUCGAUGACUCUGAUGCUGGAGAUGAUUUCUUUUACGGUGGCAUGGGUGAUACUAGUGAAACGGGUACAAAUGACAAUAUAAGCGAAGCCUUUGAGGAUAACGACAGCUCAGAUUUUUCGGAAAAUGGAGGUUUUUUGUUAAAACGAAAACGCGUUCAAAGACCCGCCUCCUUUGCUUCCAGGAGCAAUACUCCCCUAGCAAAGCGCAGUCGGCCUCAUCCCAAAGUAACUCAAAUAAAGCCAGCGACUUCAACACCUGCAACAACAAAAUCAGUUGACACCAAAAAAGUUACACAGUUAUCACAGAUGUCGUCCGUAGCCCAACCACAGCCAAUGGCAAAUAGAAAACGGAAGCUAGAAGAACAAGAAGUAUCUCGAAAAGAAGCACCAGAGUCAAUUAUAGCACGCAAUAAACGGCUGAAUAUUGCAUUGUAUGAUGCAAAUGUAGCAAGACCUUCAUCUCCCGGCCGAAAGCUCGCAACGAAACAACCUAUUUCAGAGGCACAAAGUAAGGCUCAGCCUAAUCAAGUUACAAAUACUGUAGCUGCAAAAAGGCAAAUGCCAGGACCUCUAUGCAGCAAAAUUGUUUCGCCAUCGUCGACGGUGAAAGAAAAGGCAAAUGUUAGGACCAAUUCACCUUCAUUACAGAGUAAAUCACCGUCAUUUAUAGGAAGUUCGCCGAAGAAAAAUGAUUCAGCAAGUACCCAAGAUGACUUCGAAACCAUGCCUACUUUUACAAUUGUGAACAUAAAUGAUAUAAUCAACAAAAAAGGAGACUGCCUAGUUCAAAAACGUUCAGAUGACGAAGUCCAAGAAAUAUCGUCUCCCAACUCGAUGAAUCGUAGCAAUCGAAGAAAAACUGGACACACCACGAUACUCUCUGAGAAAAUUGAUCCCGUGAAAUUGUUGAAACCCCUCCCUAAAUCUCCCUUUCCACCAAUUAAAAAAACAGUUUUGCAAAGCAACACAAUAACUCAAACAAAAUCACAACAACGCAUAUCGCUGCCUCCUGUAGAACGAAAAGAAGUAAAUAAAUCUCUUCCGGUUGAGAAGACAUCGUUUCCUCCUGAUAAACUCUCGCCUAAUAAAGACAAGCCCGCACCACGUAUUCUGAAUUCGGUAGUUGCUAAGAAAACCUUCCCAGUGCAGCCUAUUUUGAGCAAACUCGAUAGCGACUUGGAGAGGGAGCCAAUCGAUGAUGCAGCUGAAAAAUCUGUCAUGGUGAAAGAAAACGUGGGAGCAAACAAAGUUGUACCAAGCAAACCUGCACAAGUGCGAAAGCUCCCCGCCGAGAAAGUUUGUGUGCAACGGCAAGGCAAUAAGCUUAUCAAGAAAAUAACAUGUUUCGAGACUUGGUACGUUAUCAAUAUUCCCGAAACUCAGGAACUUAUAGUCAAAAACUUACUUGAUAUCCCACUCAUCACCCUAAGUAACGCAGUGAAAGCCAUCAAACUUCCAUCAGCGUCUUGGAGUUCUAAGGUAUCAUUAUACAAGCUCUCCGCUCAAAUGGUAAACAAAGCUAAUUUAACACCAUACACUGGAGAAAUAUCAGAUCAAUCAAUUAAGGAGGAAGAUCGUGAUAAAUACCAGCCGUCAUGCGUGAUGUUCCGUCGAAUGACACAGAAAAAGUCACAAACCCGAAUGCCAUAUGAUCGCGCAGUUAUUUUCAAAAUGAAAACUUUUUUCACAAAUAUCGAUGGAAAAAACGUCCGCCUAAUCGGAGCACCCAGUAAAAUCAGUUCGUUUAAAGAUAUCGAAGUCCUAUUGGAAUUGGUCGAUGAACUAGAUUUACUUCACGAGUUUGUUGAAACCGCCAGCACAGUUUAAAACGAAUAAGCCUAUUGGAAGUUCUAAAUGAACGGUACCAACUUUUAUUGUGUUGUUUUCAUUUUAAAACUUAACGCAAAUAAAAAAAAUGAAUGUAAAUUAUUCGGUUAAGUUUGCAAUCAAGUGUAAGUAAUUUUAUAAUAAUAUACAAAAGAAACUUGUAAAAACUGAUCAAUUUUGAAUUCAUGUACUGUACACAUGAAAUAAAAUGUAUUUUUUUCCUAAAAAAUAAAAAAAAAUAUAAUAAUUAUAAAAUCAUAAUUUUUUGGCGAACGCUCGGUCAUAUAGAUAGGUACGUUAGCAAAAAAAAUUAUUAAAUAUAUUUAUGUUAUCAUUUAUAACAUAAAAUCUUCAUUAUUAAUAAAGAAUUUUAUUUUAAAAACAAAACUUUGAUUACAUACAAAUCUGUCCUUUGACUUCUCGAAAUAGAAUGAAAGCGUUUUCUAAAAUAGUGUAUGAAGUAAUAGUUCUAUUAAUUUCAAACGCUAAAUCAUUAUUGACAAUUUAAUUAUGUUAAAUUGAUAGCACUUGAAAGAACACAAACAUUUAAUUUUAUUUAAUAAUAUUACAGUUUUGCAAUUUUCGAUUUCAGUAUACAUCAAGAACAGAAAGUUAAAUAUAGAAUUUUUACCUGUUUUUACAAAAACGA